AUUAGACACGAGGAACGGUCGUUAAUAUGACUUGGAGCAAAGUAGACUUGUUGUGCUAAUAAUAUUACUUAUCCGUAUUUAAAGCGUAUAUAAUUCUCCUUAUCACCAGCCACCUGUCGCUCAUCAUGACUAGUGCUGAACAGAAAGAGCUACAGAAGCUACACGGAAGUUUCGCCGGAGGCCUUGCCGAUGAAGACUUGGAGCGGACGAUUGCAGGCUCGGAACGAAUCAUGAGAGGUCCUGCUGGGCUGCUGCUCACACAAGCGGGCCUCGACGAGUCGACAAGCGAGCCUUUCACACUACUCGACAAUGCUUGCGGAACCGGUCCUAUCGUGGCGCACUUGCAAGACCACGUUGACUCUAAAUUGUUGCUAGAGAGCAAGGUGGUUUGUGCUGACUUCAAUGAAAACCUUGUGAGUAUAUUGAAGAGGCGUGCUACCAAAUAUGGCUGGACGAAUGUUGAGACGGCCGUUGUUGAUGCUCAGCAUUCGGACUUUCUAGAACAGUCUUUCACUCAUGUAACCCUCAAUUUUGCUAUGCACGUAAUCCCAAAGCCGGAGGCUGUGUUAGCAGACACGAUGCGGAUCCUUAAACCAGGAGGCGUGUUAGCGUUUAGCACCUGGCACAGAGACACCAAGGGAUGGAGCCCUGAUAUGAGGUCGUGCUUCGAGGCGCUGCCAUUCGACGCACCUAUGCCUAACCCGGUACCCAUGGCAAUUCACGGGAAGCUCCAGUGGACGGAUCCGGAGGGUGUAGAGGAAGAACUGAAAGCCUAUGGGUUCGAGAAUGUUCAAGUUAAAGCUGUGCCUCACGUGGUUCGCGUGAAUAGUGCCGAGGACUAUCUCUACAAUUAUAGAAUGAUGAAGGAUUGGAUGGUCAAUACGUACUGGAGCGAAGAGAGCAAGCAGAAGGCGCAAGGCAUUUUGGAUGAGCACAUCGUGAACCAUCUUAAAGAAAAGUAUAAUGGUGAGGGAUGGGACCUAAGUUGGACAGCGAUUCUAGCUACUUGUCAGAAGCCGGGUUCGUGAAAAGGAGGUGUAGGAUUGCGAGAUUAUAGAGUAUUGAUAGUUAGGUAUAGUAUGAUUUGGAUAUGUAAUAUACUAGCUGCGUUACCCGUUCGCGCAAGCGCUUACGGGGAGUGCCUAGGUAGCUUCAACUUUCAAGAGUGCCUUUUACGC